CCCCGAGGGCGCCUCCCUCAGCGCCCGGACGCCGUCCGCAGGCGUUGUGCGCAUGCGCAGAGGGAGGCGGAAGCGUGGCGGUUGCCGUGACAACGGCGUCCGGCCCGCGGCUCGGGAUCGGGUCGGGAGCCUUCACCUCCGGCCCGGCCGCUCCAUGCCGCGGAAGGUGCUGCGCUGCGUCCUGCAGCUGGAGAUCCGCUCGAUAACUUGCCCUGGAGUGCUGUUGAAAGACAAAGAGGAGCUCUAUCUCAGUGUCUCUAUACUUGGGCAAUACAAAAAAACUCGGUGCGUCCCUGCAGCAUUUCCACUUUUCUUUCAAGAAAAACUAGUAUUUGAAAAGACAUUUGCUAAUAUAGUUGAUCCUGGAGACCUUGUGGAGUUGCUAGAAGUUGACACAGCAGUACUUGAACUAAUACAGCUCGUUCCUCCAGUUGGAGAAAUUCUUGCUACUUAUGAAGAGAAUACGAGAGAUUUCCUGUUCCCUAACCCUAAGCUUACCUAUCAGCACCACGGUAUAGAUCGUGAGAUUUUAAUGAAGAGGUCGUCUUAUUUUACUGGAAUUGCACCAAAAUUGAGGUUUUCUACGAGCUCCCUUAUUACUGAAAGUCUGUUGAGCUCAGGAAGGAGUCACAUACAGGAUGAUUUGAAUUGGGUGCAUCACUCAACUCCAAAUGGAAAACUGCAAACAAAGUUACCAAAGAAAAACAUGCUUUCACCUGAGAAAAACAGUCACAGUGUAGCAAGAAAGAGCUAUGAGCAGCCUACCAUAGCUUCCAAGUCACGUUCUCCAUCUCCAUACACAAAAAGACGGAUGUGUGAGCUGUCAGAAGAAGCCAGGCAACGACUGGCCCACUUAAACCUGGGUCCUUACGAAUUCAGAAGAGAAACUGAUAAACCUCCAUUUGUAGUUAGACGGGUAGAACAACCAAGUCCUGGAACUGAGCUUUAUGCCUGCUGUACCCUGCGAGAAGGCUCAAUGGAAGCUUGGUCCAAGGUAACCCCUGAUCUUUCUCUUCUUGGCAGCUACAGACCCAAGAAAACCAAAGCAAGAUCUACUCAUGGGAAAGGCCGUGACAGUUCUUCUUAUGUUUGUAGUGAGGAUGUGAUCUCCAGUUCACCCAACAGGCUGGUCCAUUCUGGUGGUUCAUUAGUGCAUUCAGCACCUUCAGCAUUUCAGAAGCAUUCUCUGAGUUCUGUACUAAAUCGAUCUUCUCUAAGGGAAAGAUUUAACUCUGGUUGGCCUCCACCAGCAAAUGGAGAUGAAAUCCAUAAAAGAGUGAAAAAUAUUUUAAGGACACACAGUGCUAGACAGCGCCUGGUGUUUGAUGAAAGUAACUCAUCAAAUGGAAACUUGACUAAGACGAGACAAUCUUCACAUAAAGCACACUUAUCCUUAAGUGAUCUGCAGAGCAGGAAAAUAGCUUACUUCAUUAUAUACCAUGAUCCUUUGUUCUGAGAGUCUCAAGAGAAGGUACACAGUCAUGAAGUUUAGAUAUACAUGCUUUGGAUCUGUCAAUGUUUUGUAAUGAUUUUCAGAGAAUAAAUUUUAUUUUGUAGAUAAGGGAAAUAAUUUCUCAAAGUAAACGGACUGCAUUUGGUAUUGAAAUGGUGACAAAUAAGAUGGGGUGGGAAAGGGAGCGCUUGAUUGCCAUUAUGUCAUAAUGUGUUUGGUAGAAUACUUAAUCCAAGAUGCUUCCGAUAGAGCACUUUACUGCUGCAGCCACAGUAAUUUAAUAUACCCCUGAUAGAUUGUCUUCAUAUUGAAAUAGCUGCUUGUAGUUACAUUUUGACCUUCAAAGGACCCAGACAUCCAACUGUGUUGCUCUUGCAUGGGCUCAGUGCCUAGUCACACUGCCUAUCAAAAUACAGCAUAAUGACUGCAUGCUCUUUGAGAAUUAAUUCCUUCUUUUUGGAAAGGAUUAUCAAAUGCACAUGGUCAGGUAAGGGAGAUUUUGUGUGAAUGAAUAAUGUGGGGUGGGCUCCCAUUUCUGAUGAGUAGCUGCAGUGCAGAUUUUGUUUCUAGUUGUGAAAGGUAAUCUGUGGUUAGCAGCUUCGCACUUGGAUUUCUGUUGGUUUAUACUUCUGAUUCCUUUCAUUUAUCUCAUUUGAUCAUUA